AUGACUGUUUCGACUCGCGAAAUCCAUGAGGAUAAUAGAGUUGUCAGCCGCAAUGCCAAUGAGCGGAACGUAAACAUGGUCGACGGCCCAAUCAGUAUACAAGUGGCAUCAUCGUUUGAGAUCGUUCAGACAGUUGAGAUAGCUCGCAAGACCAAGAAACGAAUCAUCCGCGAUGUCCCCGAAGUCACAGAGGAUGACUUCAAGCUCAUCAACCUCCAAUAUUAUCUUGAUUUCAUCGGCGAUGAACGUCUGAUCCAUAUGCCCGCAAGGGGCAGUGACUGGGAUCGUGUGCUGACAGCGGCCGAGUACUUUGGGGUGCAAGUGCAUGAGUUCACGAUCCAUGUUUCGCGGUUCAUCCGAGAGCAUGAGUUCAUUUGUGACACGGCUCUAGCUAGCUGUUACUUCUUGCUACAGCUUGGAUGUGAACAAGCCGAAGCCCUUGAGCCAACAUUCAAUGCCUUGUCUGCUCUAGGAGCUCUACUUGCUCGUACAAUACGACUCAAGGAUCAUUUCCUACUCUCCUCUUCCAUUGCACAUGAUGUUGGACAUCUCCUAUCAAAUCUUGUCGAAUUGGUCGGCGACAUUGCAGUACAUUACCGCAAGCAAAUCCUUCGCAUUUCUGGCCGCGCUGGCAGAUCGCAGGAGUCAGUGGUGAUUGACUUCGACGCCGAAUUUGGUUCAAGGAUCACUGAUCUUUGGGCCAGGCGCGAGCAUUUGAUCAAUCACAUGUGGCGCUAUGAACUGGGCGACCACAAGUCUCGAAGCCUUGACAUUGCAGAUCUCCGUGAAAGGUUGAGCACGACAAAAGAAUCUGUCAAAUCUCUUAUCUACGGCCGUGUUGCUGAGCGAAAGGAGAGAGUUGAGGGAACGUGCGAAUGGAUUCAGCGCGACCUCUUUGAUUUUGUGACAGGAAAAGAACAGAUUUUUACCGUCACGGGCAGUGGCGGAUGUGGCAAGAGCAUGCUUGCUUCCUGGGUUCGCGAACGCCUUGAGAAACAUGUCAACCUCCGAAAAUUUGAGACCCUUUCGUUCACAUUCGCGGAGGAUAAUCCGAUGCAUUCUACAACGGUCUCGUUCUUGAAAAGCAUUCUUUCGCAGCUCCUAGAGCAUAGCGUGGGCGACGUUCAGCUUUUCGAGAAUCUCACGAGCCUCUUCACUAAGGAGAAAGGGCAUUUGCAUGAUCAUAAGAAGCUUGAAGUGCGGCUUUGGGAAGCUCUUGACAUCGCUCUCGCCACACGAGCCAAGGAUAAAGCUCGAUAUCCUCGUCUUAUCAUCAUUAUCGAUGGGUUAGACGAGGCAGUUGGCGGCUCGAAUACGGUUCGCGAGCUCCACAACAAGAUCUUUCACUUGGUAGACAAGCAUAUCCGAAUACGUGCUAUCACCUUUUCGCGACCUAUCUCCCAUGUUGGAGUUCCUGGAGGCCGUCAACUUAUCAUCACACCGGAUCACCUUCGCGAUGAUAUCAAAUGGUAUUUGGAAGAUCGAGUCGCGCAGCUUCCGAUUUGCAAAAAGUUAGCGGAAGAAGAAAUCAAGUCCUUGGUCUCAUCUAUCGCAACAUGCGCCAAAGGAUCGUUUCUGUUUGCUUAUCUCGCGGUGCAAUAUCUUCAGACGGACAUAAGUGUGGAUGAUUAUCACAAGGCCUUGCAGGGAUUGAAAGGCGGCAACGCCACGCACGUCCUUGAAAAGUUGAUUGAAAAGAUCAAUCUCAAAGACGGUGAUAUGAAAGGUCUCUUCGCCUUUACACUUUCUGCUCGACGGCCCCUCACAAGACGUGAGAUGGCGGAUCUUCUUAGUGUCAAUGUAGCCCAAAAGAAGGUCUCUGAUCGUGUCGAUGUCGGUACACUUGUAAAGAAAACGCGAGGUUUGAUCGUCGAACAGAAAGGAUUUAUUCGUCUCAAGAACUCGGUCAUCAGAAACCAUGUUGUCAAACAAGUCUGCGGCUCAGCACUCAUGUCCCUACAAGAGGCACAGACGUACAUGACCAUGUCACUUUUGCUUUUCGCAAAAUGUGUACUGAAAAGCAAACAUGAGCCAUCAUGUGAUCGGGCUGAUGCGACUGUUAUACAGUUAGCUGUUGACUCGCAUCACAUCACGGAGUACAUGCUCUACAACUGGGUUAGCCACUUCCAGUCUUCAUCGCUCAUCAACAAGUCGGGAGAUCUCCAAAUUUCGCAAGCCUUCAAGGACAUCUUCCCAGAGAGCUCAUUAAUCGCUUCACUGGAGUGGUCAUGCUGGAGCGAUGCAUAUGGCAUUGAAGAUACGCUCGCCCUGCAUGAGCUAUCGCUGCAGAUCCGGUCUGCAUGCUUUGGAGACAAACAUCGAUCGGUGCUGCAGAAUCUAGUCAUUCUCGGAAGUAUCUAUCGAGGACGCUCUGAUGUCACGAGAGCGUCUGAGUUCUUCUACAAGGCAAUGUCUACUGGCCGCACUGUGCUGUAUGAGUUCAAUCCGUUCGUUGUGUCUUGCGCGAACACAUUUUUAGUGUUGAGCGAGAAGAUUACAUUUACUGAGAGAACCACACUUGUUACGUAUCGCGAAGAGACAAUCCGUUUCGUCAUUGAGGUGUGCAAGUUCCAGUACGGCGGUCAUAGCGACGCGGUCAUCCAGUGGCUUGAGGUACUUGGAAAGCUCUACAUCCAGAUUCGUGAAACACAUCACGCAGCUGUCAUCUACAAAGAGCUUCGCGAAAUCGUGGUCAUACGUUUUGGUCGUGAUUCCCCUCAAGCUCGCAAGGUGAUCAAGGACAUUGUUGGGAUGUCUGUCGUCCUCAAGAAAGAUGUGGUCGAGGAAGAGAUCGACCAGAUCGACGACGCAUUUUUCAACAUCACUGAGGAAAUAGAUUCUGAUAGCGAGUACUACUUCAGCAUUAUGUUCCAACGGAUUGAAUAUUACGAAUCAAAACGCCAUUUCGUGUUCGUGGAAAAGCUGUACUUGACCCUAUGGCGUCACGCAUGUGUGGUAUGCUAUCGCAAGAACACCUUGGAGCUACAGCUACUGAAGCUCAACGUGGCCGUCAAAUACAUCCGGUUUCUUCAACAACUGAAGCGUUUUGACGAGGCUUCAAAUAUCAUGAUCUGUAUCUGGGCUGAAUAUGAGCAUCAUACGUGCCAGUCAGAGACGCUCGUCAUUCGUCUCAAGGAACUUGCCAUCCUAGCCCGAGGAUUUGGCAUGUUGACUAUUGCCAUAUCCAUCCUGAAUAAAGUGUGGAUUUGGUUCAAAGAACGGAAGCUUAUCGAACACGAAGAAGCUGUCUCCACAACUGUCAUCAUCACUGAAGUCGUGGAAGAGGUCACUGAAACUAUCGUCGAGACAAAAACGACAACCAUCGUGACCGAAACUCUAACGCGAGAAAUAUGGGAAACGACUUACACGCGGUGCAAGGGCGGAUCCAUUGAUAAACAUUUCUACAAAGCUUGCAUUGCAUUGAUCAGCCUGUACCUGAAACUCGAGAAAUGGUCAGAGGCCGAGACGGUAACGCGCAAGUCUCUCGAGAUUAUCUGGAAGUCAGUCCUGACAAUUGACGGCAAGCUCACACUAGAGGGCACUCAUGUUAAAGAAAGUGUGACUAUUGCCACUCGCCUUGCCAUUUGUCUCCACCGGCAGCGCCAUCUAGUGAAGGCCGAGGAAAUGUACUUACGGAUUUUCAAAGCUUGUCUCGUCUCGUUGCAGGCUGAGGACAUGUGCCUGAUGGAAACCACUCUAGCUCUGAUCAACUUUUAUGAAGAGUAUCAUCGACACGAGAAGGCCAUUGCGAUAUAUGUCGAGGUGUUAGCCCAUUACCGCAAACAUUUGGGCGCAAAACACACUCUCACCAUCAAAACCCUUCGCAAACUUGCAUCGACUUAUAUGCUUCUCGGCCGCAAGGAAGCUUAUGAUUGCUAUAUCGAGAUUCUGUCGUUUUACACCCACGGCGGUUAUUGCCAGGCCGAGGGUCUCGACGUGGCAGUCAUUGUCGUCGAUUUCUAUCAUCGGGAGAAGCGCUGGACAGACCUGCAAAAGCUCUGUGCCAUCUUGUGGGAGACAUUCACCCAUCACUAUCACGAAAUUGUAUUGUCUGAGGACUUUGUGCAGAUUAUCUAUGAGCGCUAUCGUUAUGUGCUUGAAGUUCAUGCCAAAGUCGAGUUCACUGUGCUCUACAAGCUUACUAUCGAAUAUCGUGAGACAGUGAGCAAAGCGUUUGGCACAUCGACUACUAUCCUCAUCGCGGCAUUGAUUGUCCUUGCCGAACUCUGCGAGAAAAGGGAGCCACAUCAGCAUGAGUCCGUGACGAUCUAUGAAGAAAUCAUCACCAGGAGUAAGACGAUCACCACUAUCACGGAGACUAAGAUCAUGACCAUCAAGAAGCGACUUUCAAAGCUGUAUGUCACUGUUAUCAAGAGCGGCAAGUCUACAACGACUACUACUAUCGAGCGAGCCAUUGAGAUUUCCCUCGAAGUGUACGAGAAGCUCAAGAUCGAGUUUGGGUGCUGGCACGAGACCACCCUCCUGCAGUUGAUGGAAUUGACCAUGCUUUACAAGAAACGCGGCACAAAGGACUGCAAUGCCAUUAUCCUGCAAUUAUUGAAAGAAAGUAUCGUCGAAAUCAUCACGAAAGUGACAGUCUCUCUUACGCUGUACACGGCAGCUAGGACGCUUGCUUCCAUGUAUAUCGCUUGCGAUUUGGUUCAACAAGGUCAGGAGUUUUUGCAACAACUUCACAUUCUCCUUCUAUUUCCAGAUGUGGAUGUUGUUACAACUGGCUUUGACAAGGGAGGAAUUGUCAAGUUGGACACUCGGGUCACCAAAGUGUCAUUUGUGUUCCUCAUUGUCUUUGAACAAUGCCUUCACGGCUAUGCCAAGCAUGGUGUGGCUGGCUUCUCCCAACUCAUGGCUGACAUCCUCCUCGAGACACUGUUGUACGAGCAAUACGCAACAACCAUGGCUUCAUUCAGCGAAUCGACUCGUAUCGAGCUUGUUCUCGAGCGCGCCGCGCGUUUACGCUGUGUAUGGACGAGCCGUGGUCGCAUCGGAUUUGUGGACGCGCUUGACAAGAAGCUCUUCCCGCUCUUCAGGGCUCGCUACUCCCAGCAACUCGGUCAAGGCGCCGAUGCCGAUGCGGUCUUUGACUUUUAUGUUGCUCUUCUCACCGAGAUUGGCAGUGGCUCCUCCGCUGAUAGGGUGGAAGUCAACUUCGCCAUUGUUACAUGUAAAGCAUCGCUUGCGGCUGUCCGACGCCUUAUGGUCGAGGAGAAGAAGCCAGAUCUGGCUCGUGCUCAAGCCGUGGCCAAAUGCGCCCACAGUUUCGCCGAUAAGCAGCGAUUUUAUCACGACUCUCACUGCAUUGUCUACGGUUACCGUCUCGCUGAGCUACUGGCGGGAGUGGACGUGCCGGCCUGGAAGACGGCCGAUGGAAACUUGAAGCAGUCAAUCCUUGGCACAAGCCGUGGCAUCCUCAGGACGGUCUUGAAGGCGAUGCAUGACAAUGGCAUUGAACUUGUCAGCUUGCGGUUCGAUGAUCUCGUGGCACUGAUCAGGCUGCUUGGGGAGCAGGAGAGCUAUGUAGAACUCGAGGGUUUCCUUACCACGCUGUGGCAAUCUCGAGAAGUCCAACGGUCAUGGUCGCCAGCAGUUGUCCUGCGCAUUGGUACACUGCUCGUUCAAGCCCAUUUCCUAGCCAAGCACCCAGACCGGGCCAUUGCAUUGUGCAAUACCAUCUACUACAAUCUCCGCCGGUCUCACGGCGGCCUGGACCCACAGGCUCUCGAGUUUGCCGAUCGUUUGACGUUGCUGCUCAAGUCCGCUGGUCGUCGUCGUGAUGCCGUGCGCAUCCAUGAGAAUGUCGUGUCGGAUCUGGACGAACACAUGGUCUCUGUACGCACUGCUCAUGUGAAUGGCAAUGGCAACGGCAGCAACGGCAGCAACGGGACGACGACGGACGAGAGCGACGACAGACUGCGGGCUGUUGCAGACGCGCAUCUCGAGGGCUUGCGGCGAUGUGGCUGGGCAUCGCGGACCGACGGCCAGAAAGCCAUGUCGGAGCUAUACAGCAGACUCCGGAGAUACGGACCUCUGCAUGUGCAGCCAGUCGAGGAGUGGGGAUCGGUCAGCGAGGAGGACGAUGACAGUAAAGCGAGAGAGAAGCUGUUUAACGAGACGGUCAAGUGGGUGCUGGUCGGGUCAGACGGGGACAAGGAGGCCAGGAGUAAGAAGAAGCGCGACUCGAUCACGCCGGCCAAGGAGCGCUGGGGAUGCUGGGAGGCUCCGAGACAGGUGCAUGUCACAACCUGA